CGAGAAAAUAAAUCAUAAUGAAUACAAUCCGAUCGACUUGGUUAGGCUGGGGUACUCUCUGCGUCGCCGGCGGUGGAGCCUACUACUUCGCAAAGAAAUCGAUUAACGCCGACCGCCAAACCCGAUUUGAAGCCGAAGUAAAGAAAAAGGCGAAACUUGCGGCCGCGGAAGCCGAGCACCGUCGGCAAGCCGUCAAGAACGAGCCCGCCGCGAUCCAUACCCCGUCCGACGACCCGAGCUUCAAGCGCGCAAACCAGGCCCGGUUCCAGAAUGCUUCGGAUGAUGUUGCUUCGCCGAGCGAUGAAGCAAGCCACGACCCUGCCCCGACUCGACAUGAGCCCGAGACUGAGCAGGACCGGGUGACGGAGAAGGGCAAGUAUGAGGCUGCGAGGCCUUUCAGGCCGCCCCCUGGUAAUCGGUUGUGAGGUCCUUGUUCAUUCAUGCCAAUUUUUGAAUAAUUCAGUCCUCUUUCGAGUGGAAUAGUAAUGGUGGUGUGGGUGUGAAUUGCUGAUGCUUUUGCGCUCUUGCCUGGUGGUCAGUCCAGGGCGUCUUAUGACCUGUACUAUAUUCUUGUAUCUAUCUUAGAGGUGGAUGUUGCGGUCAAGCAUGGAGCAGCAACUCGGUUGGAAAAUUACGGGAAGUAUAAUAAAGUUGUGGAAUGCAAGCUUGUUCUUCAUGUAUGAUUCUAGAUUCAUUCCACUUAGAAUAGUAGGCCAUCUAGACACAGGUCUUUGAAGUCUCGCAAGGUAUCUGUCUCGCUCAUGCAGUUCUUCAACAGAGAAAAUGCAGAUCCCCACAU